AUGAUCGAGUUUAGCACCAUUGACGAACUGAACGCAUCCGCCUGGGAUGUGGAUGCAUUACGAAGGCAGGGUUUACUGAUCCAAGAGAGGGUAUUGGGAAUCGAUCACAAGGUUACUUUACAUAGAUUAAUGGAACGCGGCGAUUUCUACAAAGAAACCAGACGUUUCCAGGAUUGUUUGGAUCCAUGGAUACUGGCACUGCAACAAGAGCAAUUGAUGAUGAAUUUGUUGGACGAUAAUGACCCAAUGAUGCCGCAAUUCAAGGAUGUCUACGCCAUAUUCCAGCUUUUGACAUCCAACAUCGCGGGGAUUCAACAGCUACUCAGUAUCCAACCGGUCGAUCGGACCCAGCAACUAAACUACGAUUGUGUGCUCCGAUGUCUAUUGCAUCUGAUGCACAUUUUGUUCUACGUAGCUAAAACCAAGGAUGACCUCAAAUUGAUCGAAAGCUCCGUUUGUGAGCUUGUUCUGAACAAUGCACAAAGUGUACAAACCAACGAAACGCUACUGCAUAUGGCUGUUUCGAACAUAGGUUUGAUGAAAAGUAAUUUUUUCACGGAUGAAGAAGAAGCAAAAAGAUAUUUCCCCAAUCUACCUGUCACGAGGUUACUGUUGGAAUGUGGUGCACACGUCAAUGCGAGGGACAAUACCAGAUCCACGCCAUUGCUUCUCGCCGUCUUUCCACACAAUUAUGAGACAGAUGUGAUUCACACUUUGAUCGAACACGGUGCCCAUUUGGAUUUGCCGAAUAUGUUGGGUGAUCGGCCUUCGUCCAUGCUCAGAAGAAAUCCGAUGAAUAAUACUCAUCUAGGUCAGCACAUUUCGCUGAAAUGUCUUAGUGCUAAUGUAAUUGUUGCGUCCAGUAUUCCAUAUCGGAAUGAAGUGCCUCGUAGGCUGGAGGAAUUUAUUCGGGCGCAUGAAAUGUUCUAG